CCUAAGCAGCGGCCAUGAAGUGCAGCAGCGUCUCGACGCUGCUCGUCCUCACAGUGCUACACACGUGGACUGCCCAUGCGCUCAAGACACUUGACCACAGAAUAUUUGGUGCCAUGCGAACAAUACAGCAGAAGCCCUGCUACAACAGAGCCUCCGGACAAGAGGGCACCUGCAUGUUUGCCUGGGAUUGUUUCUCUGCAGGAGGCACUCACUUAACGUAUUGCACGGAUUCUUUCUAUACUGGCAGCUGUUGCAAGCUGCCUCCCGGGGUUCAAGUGCAGAAGCACGAAGUUCCAUCUGAACAAAGUAAUAGCAUCGAUUCUUCUCCGCAUGAGAAGGACCAAGAUUACACGAAAAAGACAACGAGACCCGUGCCAGUAACGUUAAAACCCACCGUGCCAAAAGUGCCGCCAACGUUAAAGCCAACACCUCUUACAAGGACGCCGCCAUCUUAUCAAAGCACUGUACAAACUAUAUCUUCUCAGAGUGCGGAACAUGUCACGCCCGGUUUUGUUGGGCUCUCCACCUUCACGCCAGGACUGAUCACGUGGAGACCACACGAGACGACGACGACACAAAGCACGGAUGACGUUUCCGGCAUUACAACGGAAUCGAGUAAACCACUCCACCAUGACCAGCCACCUCCUGCCAGCACCAAGCCUCCUGUAGCAACAACAUCGAGGGUGCCUAUUAUGGCUAGCACAUUCCUCCCUUCUAAGACACCGUCGCCCUCAACUGUGGCGUACACAACAACUGAGCCAUCGGUGGGUACAGAGGAGGAACACGCAACCCAAGCCGAUAGAGUUCUGACAACUCUUUUGACCACUACGACUGUAGCACCGACACGUAAACCGACACCACCAAAGUUAGGGGUGACAUCGGGCGUAUCGGAUUCGACGACGAGAAAGACGACUACUCCCGUCCGGUUUACACCGUUUCCGCAGACCACGACGAGGAAACCACCGAGCACUUCCUCCGGGUCCAGUCACACCUGGAUAGUCAGGGAAGAGGACACUACCAUGGCAAUACCAACGUCUGUUGCCACCGACCACACGUGGAUGGUUAUCGACGAGGCCGACCCAAAUGGAAACCCGACAACGUCAACGAAGGCGUCGCAAUCAACCAAAGAGGGCACGACGCCUUCGAUACCAGCGUGGCCAACUAUGACAGAAAUGGUGACUUCUAUCAGUUGGGUUGAUAUGACACUGAUGCCCACAACCACGGACUCACCGGGUAACGGCUCCUCUACAGAUGAAGUGAACGAAACCGCACAGCCCGAACCAAACGUCGAAUCAACGACGCUGUCUACUGAAAGUGUGCCAACUGUUGAACUGACCACGAUGGAAUUAACGACUGUCCCUCAUUAUGACCCGACAACUGCAAAGGUACAAACAACGACACAGCGAUCGCCACAGAAGCCUACGUUUUUGCCCAGUGUCCUUACCACCGAUUCCACAUUGCGGGUAACAGCUAAACCGACAUUAGCAUCAGGCUCGGUGCCAACAGAGGUAUUGACUUCUACGAAUGAAGAAACAACGAACGUGCCAAUUCAAACAACGUCAGCUGAUGCUCCAACAGCAUCGACCACAGUGGCUAGUAGAAAAGCCACCUCUGCAAAGCCAGUGCCAACAGAAAAGCUUGUGCCAUCUUCUACAACGACAACCACGGCUAAAAUGACAAAACCUCCAAGAAAUACAACGACAGAGUCAACGCCUACAACCACUUUCACAACGCCACCUCCAACAACAACAACUACUACUGCUACUACUACUACGACAGAACCGACCACAACAGUGCCUACAACUACCACCACUGAAGCAAUAAACAUCGGAAUGAUGUGUGGUCGACCUAGGAUUGUUCCAAGAGCGCGAAUCGUGGGCGGUGAGCAGACCAAGUAUGGACAGUGGCCAUGGAUGAUAUCGCUGCGGCAGUUCAAGAGGAACACAUUCCUUCAUAAAUGUGGAGCGGCGCUCCUGAACGAGUACUGGGCAAUCAGCGCCGCGCAUUGCGUUCACAACGUUUCGCCGAACGAUAUUCUGCUUCGACUUGGCGAGUACGACCUGAAGAACGACAAAGAAAGACAUCCCCACUUGGAGAGACGCAUCCAAAUCGUGGCCACGCAUCCACGCUUCGAUGCCAGCACUUUCGAAUAUGACUUGGCCCUGUUGCGCUUCUACGAACCAGUGACAUUCACCGACAACAUUGUCCCCAUCUGCAUCCCAGAAACGAAUGACACUUUCGUGGGCCGCACUGCGGUUGUCACGGGCUGGGGACGACUGUAUGAAGAUGGUCCACUGCCGAGUUUGUUGCAGAAGGUCUCCGUGCCAAUAAUCACCAACAAGGAAUGUGAGACGAUGUACCGAAAAGCUGGAUUCAUCGAGGACAUCCCAAACAUAUUCAUAUGUGCAGGAAUAGCGAAGGGCGGAAAAGACUCAUGCGAGGGUGACUCUGGAGGACCGCUUGUCAUGAAGGAUAACAGCACUGGUCAGUGGUCACUGAUCGGCAUCAUCUCUUGGGGCAUCGGUUGUGCCCUUCCAAACCAGCCCGGAGUUUAUACUAGGAUCACGCAUUUCGCGGAAUGGGUCAGGCAGAUAAUCAUCUUUUGAUGAACACUCAUCCGGUAGCGUUAUCAAAUUGCGGUCUGCUGAUACUCUUGAGACUACGAAUGUCCUGGUACGUCGAAACAUUCGGUGGUGGCACGAUGGCACUUCGGGAAUGACUACCUGUCGGAUGCCAGAGACAAUAUGGGGCGCGUUGUCCGCGAAGUGGUCGCAUGGUGCUCCGUGUCGUCUUGAGUCGUGGUCGUCACCGCCUCUCCCGUGCGAAAAAAGACGAGGGAUGACAAACAACGGGUUUUUGGCGCAUUUUUUUUCUUUUUCCCACGUUAGUGACUCAGAGACGCUGCUCUCUACAGCAGACGCACACGCAUAUUUCUUUUAUAUAGUAAUGCAAUAAAACGCCUGUUAUCGGGUAUAUUAGUUUAUGCUUAGUGUUGAAUGACACAAUACAGUAAAUAUUAUCAGGCACAGAGACUGUUGUGCGUUUCGAAAGUAUUGUUCACGCCUUGUCCCUUCUAGUCGUCUGCUCGCCUGUAGAAGUUAGCGUGCUUUCCAGAGCCUUGGGGAAAGCCUGCCUUGUCAUUGAGGAGAACGCCAUAAUCUUUGAAGACCCGCGUGUUUUUUUGCCAUUCACUACAAACAGAGUCAAUUGUAACUCAGAUUGUAAAUCAGAUUGUAAGUCAGAGUACAACAGUCAACUGAAAACACGUCUCUCAAACGCUAAGUUGGCCUUUUACGCCCAGUAUGCUCGCCCUAUUUACUUCUUCGAGCUUGACGCAGAUACAUAGACGCAGAUACAUAGUCGCAGGCACAUAUAUGUUGUAUACAUUUCUGCAUUUGCUUCUUCAUGCUUGCAGAAGCAAACUAAGCAUGCACAUAUGCCACGCAAAUUUUGGAAUACAACGCGAAAACAUUCUUAUGCACCUGAUCACUUAAUAAAUUUAACACAUUGCAAACAUGACAAAAUUAUCCCGAGGCACAGACUCAGGUCUACAACUUCACGUAUUGGAGACUACGAUAUAAUGAUGCGGUUACAACGCCCCUUCUAUAUAGAUAACUAUAAUUGAUCACUCACCCAUGUUCUCAUCCGUCUUUAUUUUCAGUGGGGAGGAACAAAGUUUGUCGUACAUACUGGGUACUGAAAUUCAGUAUUUGAUCACUGUGCCUUUCUUCUCACAUAACUGUUGCUCGAACUCAACGAACACAUAUCACUUUAAUCACGUUCAGAACCUUGUGACACGUUUUUCUAAAAUAUCUUUCUUCACUGCACUACUGAACGCAUCGCAUCGCGAAUUUCACGAAAUUCACUGGAUACUGGGCGAUCACUUAUUCCUACGACA